GGAUGAGGGGCGAAAAGGCGCAUCCUGAAUGAUUGUUGCCCCCUGGUUUGUCGACGGAACCGUGAGGAGAUAAACACUAUUCCGGUAACGGAUUCGUCCUCGCGGAAAGAGCUGGGGUUUCAAGAUGGCAGAACGGGUCAACAACUUUCCUCCCCUGCCCCAGUUUCUGAAAAUAAAGCCAUGCUUUUAUCAGAACAUUGAAGAGGAAAUUCCUGCAGCUCAUCAGCAGUUGGUGCGCAGAGUUUACACCCUUUGGAUGAUGUAUGCAGCAACACUAAUGGCAAAUGUCAUCUCAUGUAUCGCUUGGUGGGCUGGGGGCGGUGAUGCCAUAAACUUCGGCUUCUCCUUGCUGUGGCUUAUUCUAUUCACUCCUGCCAGUUACACCUGCUGGUUCAGGCCACUCUACAAAGCUUUCAGGGCUGACAGCUCAUUCAACUUUAUGGCUUUCUUCUUCAUUUUCUUCGUCCAGUGUAUCUUCAGCUGUAUCCAAGUUUUGGGCAUCAAUGGUUGGGGAACAUGCGGCUGGUUUGCCACAGUGACGUUUUUCAGCAGAAAUGUGGCUUCCGCUGUAGUGAUGCUUAUCACCGCUCUGCUCUUCACUCUGGUGACUGUUUUAAUGGCAGUGGUCCUCCUUAAGGUGCACAGGCUGUACCGAGGCGGUGGGGGCAGCAUGCAGCGUGCUCAGGAGGAGUGGAGCACUGGGUUGUGGAAGAGUGCACCAGUGAGGGACGCAGGGUUCAACGCUGUCGCCCAGGCGGCCCAAGGCCCCAGUUUGCCCCAGUACCCUGCGGCUGUGCCCAGCUACCCGGAUAACAGUCACUGGUGAUGGCUACGAGUGGCCUGUAGGGGGAGACAGCUGACUGGCUUCAGAAGAGCACUUGAAAACACAGUUCACGUCAGUUCACCUUUAACAAUAAUUUGGUGUGUAUUUUCCUUUGUCUUUUUGAGAUGAUAACAAGGCCGUUGUUAAAAAGAAAUAGCAUUUUAUCCAAUAGUUUUAUCACCAAAGCUCAAUAAAAUCCUUCACUUAUGGUAAAUGGUCAUCCCAAAAAGGUACCAUCCCAUGUAACAGUUGUUUACAUAUCCAUGGUUAAAAUUAAAGACAAAAAUGCGUAAUGCUUGGACAUCAAAAAUGUCUCACUCAAGGUCAGUUUGUAAUCCAAACGAAGUUAGAACCAAUCGAGAACUCCAGAGUGUGAAGGAUGUGUGCCUUAUGGACUCUUUAUGGUAUGUGACGUGUUUUGCCAGAGCUGCAUGCCAUGAGUUGUACUAUGCUCAAAAGACAAGAAGACAAAACAGGGUUUUUUCCUUUUUGUUCUUAUGCAACAAGUGAGUAUGCCACCUGCAUUUUUUAACUGGUUCAGUUCUUGCUGUGUGUAUUAUGUGUUCUGGCAGGACUUUUUUUUUGAUACUUUAUGCUUGAUAGCUACAUGCUUGUUUGUGAUUUCCUGAAAUGCGCCUUACUGCAGUGUGCAGAUAUUGCAUGUGAGAAGUGUCUUGCUUGACUAUUGCCUUAACAAACAUGUUUUUUUUUUCCUUGGUAAAACUGGACUAAUGCUUCAGUGAAGCGACUUUGCUGUGUGGAUCUUCACAAAACACUCAUGUGCCAAAACAGUAGCUUAUUUCUGUUAUUUCGAUAUCGGCGAAGUCGCACCUAAGCAGACCUUAUGUUGUACUUAUUUCAGUAUUUCUUAUGUUCUGUUGCUCCCAAGUUACUGUUUGCAAUUAGUAAUCAGCACCCAGCUGUGAAAAAACUAUCUGCUAAUGUCAGUGCUGCAGCUGCUUUUACGUUCCUCCAGAUAUACUGGAUUUACUAACUACCCUUUGCCUAAUGCAUGCAGCCUGUCGUUGAAGUGGCACUGCACGAGGUUCUCUUAUUUCACAAAAGCUCACGUGGUGACGUGUUGAAGCAGGCUCUAGUUGAUACCCUUCAAGUAAAUGUGCCAAAGGGGCGUUUAAAUCCAGUUGAUUUGAAACAUUGCUGAUUUUCUGUCAUUCCAGCAAACUUGCACGACGAAGUCUUAUUAAAAGUAGGCUUAGUGAUAUUCUAUGCAGGUAAUGUAAUACAUAUUGUGAAAGCUUGUGUGAAGUGAAAGCCUCGACUUUAAAAAAAAAAAAAAAAGUUGCCUGCCUCUUGGAUUGAUGGUUUUUUUUCUUUUCUUCUUAAAGUGUCCUUCA